AUGUAUUACUUGAGCUUGUUACGAGCAAGCUGGGUAUUCGUUCGCCAAUUGAUGCCACCACAGAGGAGUGGGUGGAAGCAUAUGUCAUUAAUCAUAGACGAGGAUCUUCUCGAGGAAGUGUGGGCAAUGGCAAUCGUUGCUAGGUCUUGCCAUAAUCCCAAGUCUACGAGGCAAUCUCUAAUAAGAUACAUUCUUAAAGCUUUGGAAAAUCCUUUGAAAGUGGUACGGGAGGAAAACUCGAGUUCUGCCCUGCUUGAACGAUGUCCUCUAGAGGAUCUUGGAAUGCUGCUUCAUUCGACAGUUGGCGGAGUAGCUCUUCCAAUGUGGUGA